AUGUCUCCUGAAGAGAACGUCCACAAUGGGUUAUCAAAGAUUCCACAAGCGCUCUCCAAAACCCAGGAAAGAAAAGCAGUCGAGUAUGUUGAAGACUCUUUCAUGGAAAUUACUGGUGCAUUUAAGAAACGCUCGGAACCGUCAAUGACGAAACUCCCGACUCUCACAACGUAUCUUGAUGCCACACAGAAACUGCUGGCAUUUAUCUUGCAGAUCCCGCCCAUAGACCCAUCCACGCACUUACGCACCACUUUCCUCCUCCGCCUCACUGGCGACGUCAUGAAUUCGGUACCGGGAUAUCCUCCAGAGAUGAAGGAGCUUCAAACGCUACUAGAUUUUCUGGAUGACCUUGACCAAGCAUGGUCAGCAGUGCUGAAGAAUCAAGUCUGGGAUCCAGCUGCAGGCGAGGGUGUCGAUCUCAUUGUACCUGUAGAUCAAAUCAAACCAGGAGAUCCACCGAUACAGUCCUCGCCUGUAAGUCAGACAGAACGAACGAGGUUACGCAGCCUUCUCGUCACAGGCACUGCUGGACUGGAGGAGUGGAUGACAAGGCUGGAUACGAACGGAGAGGACUAUCAGAUUGCGUUACAGAGGGCUGGUCUUCUCCAGGGCUUCGAUGACCUUUUCUCAGAGACGUUGUCAGAGAUGGGUACUUAUGAUGGUUCUACAAAUGAUCCUGCAGGAAUAGAAGGGACGUGCUGA